GUCUGAUUGGCUGGUGUGUGUGACUUGAUUUUUAUUUGACAGAGAGAGAGAGACCCUACCAUGUUUAAUUUGACUCCCCCUCGCCCCAACUAUUUUUCCAUAAGCAAAAAUUAUAAAAAAUGAGGUGUCGUAUUCUUCGUGAUAUCAAUGCUCGUCAAUCAGUCGCCAACAAUGAAGUGACUCGCCAAGCUUUCAGAUUCAUCACUCGUAAUGAGACAUUACCCGCUCGUGUCCGUCAUCAAGCUCAACUUCAAUUAAACGCCAUGCCCAAGCAAUCUUCACCCACUUACAUUCACAACCGUUGUGUAGCAACUGGUCAUGGUAGUGGUGUUCUUCGUGAAUUCAAGUUGUGUCGAUUCCAAUUCCGUUUAAAGGCUUUGAAUGGUGAACUUCCUGGUGUUAAGAAGGCUUCUUGGUAAAUUCACAAUAAGAAGGUCCUCCCUCCAGUAUCUCCCGACACACACACUCUCCAUUUUUUUUUUAUCUGUAAUAUAAACAACACAACAAUAAAGAAUUUCUUUUUUUUUUCUAGAUUUUAACAA